AUGUGUGAGGUAGAGCAAUCUGAGUAGGAGUGGGAAAAAACUGAAAACCUAAGCAACUGGAAUAGGGCAGAUAAAAAAAAGUGAGUUUUGUGAAAGGUAAAAGCGGGAGAAGGAGGAAGAGGGAGACAGAAAAUUUGGACAGACUGAAGUGUAAGACUAACAGGAGGGGAGAGGUAUGAGAGGACAUCGUAUGAAGUCUUUCUUGUCUUUCAUGUUCACUCUCCUCAGUUUGGGGACUGUGAUAACCACCCUUAUCUGGUACAUGUUGGACAGCAAUUAUGAACCUUUCCAACCACCUCCUCAAAAGAAACAUGCCCCAAAGCUGUCAGAAAUUUGCAAACCCUGCAAGGAAAUCAUUGAUAAAGUACAUCAGCGUUACAAUCAAACCUGGAAGAAGAACAAGAAAAAUUACUUAAAAUUCAGAGCUAAUCUGAGCGUUACAUGCAAUGGCUUUGACAACGCCAUUAUGACACAGAACAAUACUCCUAUAGGAUCGAAUAUUGUUUACAGUGGAGAAAAGAAGAAUACUCUUCAGGUGAACAAGGACUUUUUCAACUUGUUUUUGAAGGAGAAUCCUUUCUCAAAUAAACAAUGGGACACUUGUUCGGUUGUUGGGAAUGGUGGGAUCCUGUUUGACAGUGGCUGUGGAAAAAUGAUUGAUUCUGCUGACUUUGUUAUCAGGUGCAACUUACCUCCUUUGGAAAAUGGAUAUGAGAAAGAUGUUGGCAGCAAAACUAGCCUUGUGACAGCAAAUCCAAGCAUCAUUUUCAAUAAGUAUGGUGCGCUGACUGGACGUCGCCUUCCAUUUGUGGAGUAUCUGCACAAGUACGGCAACUCUCUGCUGCUCCUUCCUGCCUUCUCCUUUAGCAAGAAUACUGCUGUGUGUCAGCGGGCUGCAUAUACAAUAGAGGACUUUAAAAGCCCUAUUCGACCUGUUUUCUCCAACGCUCAGUACCUUGACAGUCUGGAUCAAUUCUGGAGCUCUAAAGGCCUGAAUGAAAGGCGGCUCAGCACUGGAUUCAUUAUGGUUAGCAUGGCCCUGGAAUUGUGUAAAAAUGUGCAUGUGUAUGGAUUCUGGCCCUUUAGUAAUCACCCAUAUGGCCUCUAUACCCUGACUAACCACUACUAUGAUGACGUACCGACUAAAACGUUUUUUCACUCAAUGCCGGCUGAGUUUGAACGCUUGUUGCAGCUGCACACUGAAGGGGUACUCAGGCUUCACCUGGGAGACUGUGAAUCAGAUAAAAAAUAGUUCCCAGGGAUAGACAACAGCACAGAAGCAAAGUACAGAGUCAAAUGCCUUCUCUAUAGCCUCAAGAUGAAUCCAGUAACUUUUUUGCCUUUAUAAGGCCAUUGCUAUGUACAUUUUAGUGCUUUAUUACAAAUAUCUCUCACCCUGUAUUCUGAAAUACCUCAAUUACAUUCUCUUGAUUUUUAGAAAACAAAACUCUAAUAUGAGGACUAUUUUGACAAUAUCUUAAAAAAUGUAACCAUGAAAAGUACUUUGGUACCAGCAGAAGAUAAAUGUAUAGUGCCUGAUAAAAGUGCAAAAAUCAUAUCACACAAAUACCACAUUUGUCUGAUUUUAAGUGAGAUUCAUGCUUCUGUGUUAAAUCUGCACCACAGGUAAUGUACAGCAUAACUUCAAACCUCCCUGAAACCCAAUGCCGUAAUUCAGUAACUGAGCCUGCACCUCCAUUGAAAUUAAAUUAAACACUGAGUGGAUGCAGUCUACAAUGACAGUGAUUGGCUCGAUCAGUACUGGCAUUUCCAGCUACUUCUUUUACUGCUGCCAUUUUCUAAAUUGACUGCAAGGGAAUGGAUGAACUUGAAUAGAGAACUCUGCUGGCCGCUUUCAUAAGCUACACCAUAGUCUCUGUAUAGAUUCAGUGCACAAGUACAAAUUACACAUUAUUUCUACAUAUGAUGCAGGCAAAGGCAAUGGUUUGUGUCCAUUUAUCUUUUUAUUGGUCCUUUUUAUUAAUUUGAAUACCCUGAAAUUUUAUGAUUUAGUUGAAUAUAAAAUGGCACAGAUAAUGUAUAAAGCACAAAAUAACUUGCUUUGGCGCAAUACUCAGAAGCUGUUUAAAGUCAGAGAGAGUCAAUGUGACUUAAGGGGAACAGGUUUCUUUUAAAAAAAACAAGAUAAGGACAAACAUAAAGCAGAGAUGUGUUUCUGUUAGAGGAGUUAACUUGUGGAAUAGUUAUGACAGUGAUUUAAAAAGGUGUAGUUCAUUUUCCUUGUUUAAAAACAUGUUUAAAACUAGAGUAUUAGAAAAAUAUCUAAAUCAAAACUGAAAAGAGCAAUAAUAAUACCGAAACUCUUGGUUGUUUUGCUUUGAUGUAGUUACAUAUCUAAGGUGGAAAGGGUUUUUUUUGUUUUGUUUUUGUUUGUUUGUUUUUAGCUUUGCUUUGUUUUAUUCUUUGCUUCGAGCCCUGUGUAAAGGAGUUGCAUGCUAAAAGCAGAUGAUCCAGUGUGGCAACCCCUAAAGCAAGCCGCCGAGGGAAGAAGAUG